AUCAUUAUUCCCAGGCCUCUUUCUUUUCGUUCAUGAAUUAUUGAAUGAUGAAGCACAAAUGAUCUAUAGCCAGGCCAUAUAGCGGGAAUGACAAACGACAUAAUUACAAAGCAGAGAUACAUCUCGCAAGUGCUCUGUAUUGAAAUUUCCUGGGAUACUUCGACAGAAGGCGUAAGGUCAACUAGAAUCCUAUGUGCCCAUUAGAUCCAUUACGCGAAGCCGCCAGUGCAGAUGAAAACAACAAAAUACGAUCUUCACAUUCUCUACUUGUACUGGAGUCGGCGCUCGAUGGCCACAAAGUUUCUCUACCAAGCCAUUCUCCCAUUUGUCGACUACCCGUUGAACUCCUCAUCCGAAUCUUCCAUGAAGUACUCUCAGAACCUAUGUCUGUUCCUUUCGGCUGCGCCCAGCUUUGGUAUUUGGGACAUAUCUGUAUCCGUUGGAGAUUGAUAAUAUCCUCGGAAAUGCCUCUGCUGUGGUCUACCAUCGAAUUGAACUUCAGAUUGUCGGCACGCGCUGCUAGGUUUUCCCGUCACUCUACUGAAAUUAUUCGCAUUUGUCUUGAGCGGACGAGGAAUUGCCUUUUGACCAUUGCAUUCACUUGCCCAUCUGAUGUCGGUGCUACCACUCGAGACGACUGGCUUCGCUGUUUGGACACGCUAGUGGGGGUAUCCAAUCGAUGGAAGGUUAUUGACCUCUUCAUACCGAUAACAGUCCUAAGUCGACUCGUCCCGGCGAAAGGACACUUAGACUCACUCCAGACGUUGAACUUGAGCUUGGAGCCACAAAACGCGCGAUCAUUACCCCAUGCUAUGGACGUCUUCGAGGAUGCGCCUAAGCUGACUUCUGUCACAAUGAGCUCUCACCUAUCUUUGGAUUCCUUUCGGCUUCCUUGGAACCAAAUUACCAUCUAUCGAACUCAACGUAUGGAAGUACGGAAUUGUAUUGAAGUUUUGCGACUUACUCCCAACCUCCAUGCAUUACAUGCCAAAUUGGAGAGACCCCGUGGCAACAUUCUUGGAGAAUAUGCAAGUUCAGAUUCGGGGCAGCUCGGGGCGUUACUUCCUAUUUCACACCAGUCUCUUAAGUCUCUCAGCAUCAAUGUGCUCAUGCGUCCUGAGCAUGAGCAUGAGCUAUUCCAGGACCUCCUCCCGGUCCCAUCUAAUCCCGACAGAUCCAAACCACCAAUCGUCUUCCCCUCCCUCUUUGAUUUCCGUCUUGCAACCGGUCCAGGUUCUUUAGCAAAUUUCGCUGCGUUGUCACUGGCUGGAUCAUGCUUUGGUUCUUCAUUGACAAAGGUCACUAUUCGUAGUGUAUUUGACGCCCCUGCCGACUACUUAGGAGCCAGAGAGUUCCUCCUGGGCUUACCCAUGGUCCGCCAACUGGCAUUCGGAGUAUGUUUCCAUCACAAUCAAGACGUUGUGAACAUUCUAUAUGAGAUACUUUCUCCGCCCUCUCCGUCGAGUUCCGGGUCGAUCGGGGAGGUAGUGUUACCAAAACUUGAGGUACUGGUGCUAGAUAUCAAUUACGACGAUAGUCAAGGACUGUUCAUGCCAAGUUGGGUCAUGGAUCCGAUGAAAGAGAUGAUCCGGUCUCGAAGGAGGAGUGAUUUUGCGAGGCCGUAUGGGUGUGUACCUUUGCAAAAAUUUCACCUCUAUCUGGCAUCCUGGAAUACCCCGCGUCAGCCGUUUUCCAAAGGUCUUGAAGAAUUAAGAGAAGAGGGUUUCGAGAUUAGGGUUUUGCGAGGAUUAGCUGCACAAUUAUGAUUUGAAUCGCCAUACGUCCUUGAAACUAUCAAUCCUUCUUCACCAGCGUCUCGGACAAAACAUAAAACACAUGCUUUGAAAA